CGGCAGACCAGUCCAUGACAAGAGGCGAGUCUCGCUGCCGACCACCACUGCACUGGCUGCCGCGGCGCCCGACGUGUCUGGUUGUUCAGCAGACUACAAGCUUGGUGAAGUUAUUCUGAGGGAAAAGUUCUUUACUUGGCUCGACACCUGAGACCUUCCGCCAUGUUCUGCAGAGGCUUUAGUUGGUUCGUCCGCAUUUUUGUGGCGGUAGUCGUAUCUACUGGCUGCAGUCACCCAGUUUCUGUUACAGAAUCCCUCACAGUGGGACGAGUUCAGGAGGCUGAGGAGGCCACGGCCGUGGAUCUGGGUGCCCUGCUGGACGCCGGGGACGGCGCUGUGGUGACUCUGCUGGCCGGGGACAAUACGCAGCUGGUGGCUCACAGGGCUGUCUUGGCCGCCAGGAGUCCCGUGUUUGCGGACAUGUUGCGUCACGUCACCUUAGAGGGCAGCAGCAGCCAGCUCGUACUCUCGGACACAGAGGGUCCUGUGCUGCGCCAGGUGCUGGCAUACCUCUACACCCUGCAGGUGCCCCAGCUGCCCAGCAUGGCCCCACAGCUGCUGGUCGCCGCCGACGUAUACGGCCUGUCGGUAUUGAAAGCGCACUGUGAGCAACAGGUGGUCGCCCAGCUGUCUGUCGAGACUGCGGCAGCUGCAGGUGUUAUCGCGAUUAGGCAUUCCGCUAACAGGCUGAAGCAGGCUGCCGUCGCCUUCAUAAAGGCGCACUUGCUCCAUGUGAUGGCGACGCAGGGCUGGGCUGAGGCUGUAGUUAACGACCCACAAACUGUUGUGGAGUUGGCUCACCUGAUUGCAGAGACACCAACAGACACCAGCAUGCCAAGCGCUGGAGAGAGCAGGACCGGCCCCUCCUCGCAGCCGCACAGUGGCCACAGCGACGACGGCCGGAGCUCAGCCACAGCUGAGCCCCCCACCUCUCCCCAGACGACUCCCCAGCCUGAUGAUGCUGCCGUCUCUCACCUGCGCACGCCAAGCGCUGGAGAGAGCAGGACCGGCCCCUCCUCGCAGCCACACAGUGGCCACAGCGACGACGGCCGGAGGCCAACCACAGCUGUGCCUCCCACCUCUCCCCAGACGACUCCCCAGCCUGAUGACGUCGCCAUCUCUCUCCUGCGGGAUCUUUCUGGAGAAGAGAAGGGCAAGAUGCUGAUUGCGGCAGCUAAGGAGGGGACAGUGAGCAAGGUGCGAACGUUGCUGACAGUGGGGGCGGACGUGGAGGCGAUGGACGAGAACCAGCAGAACUCACUGCACUGGGCAGCAGCCAGGGGACACUUGGAGGUGGCGAGGCGUCUGCUGGAGGAUGGAGCUGAUGUCAACGCCAGGGACCGCUGGCAGAACACGCCUCUGCAUCAGGCUGCAUGGAAAGGCCAUGCACCCGUGGUGCGGCUGCUGGCAGCAUCCUCUGCCGACCGAAACGCCAAGGAUUUCAGAGGGAACACGCCACUGCACGAUGCGGCACGGCGUGGCCACCCAGACGCGGCGACUGCACUAUUGGAGGCAGGGGCCGACAGAGAAGUCAGAAAUGACAAUGGGGACACGCCGCUGGACCUAGCCAAGCGGAACAACCACCAGAAGCUCGUAGACAUCCUAGGAUCAAGCUAAAUAUAGUGCAAACGACUCUGGAGUAAAAUAAAAAAGGCCUCCUAUGUGACCUUUGUUACUUAUAAAAUAAAUAGUACAGAAAAGUUUA